AUGAAUAGAUUCUUAGAAAUUGGGAUUUUCUUAUUUCUUCUCCUUUGGAUUACGUUCGUUUGUGUGUUCUAUAUUCUCCCAGACAGCAGUAGCAUAUCAAAAGUAAAAGUAUCCCCAGAUUCUGAUAUCGAUAUUUCAGUUGAUUUGCCAACAGAAAAUCGACCUCGAAGGACUGAAAUCUUAAAGGAAACUUUCAUAAAUCUCUUAGAUGAUGAAAAUUCCAUCAAUCCUAUUAAUUUAACUUGUAAGCCUGAGUCUUUCGGAUACACUAUGGAGGAAGCUCUUCUUUUAUUCCCAAAUGUUACAUAUCCAAGAUGCGAAGAAAAGUAUAAAUCAAGCCCAGAAAUGUUUUAUAUAGACCGCACUACUAAUACUUUACAUAUGAAUUGCACAGGAAGAGUAGCUUUAGGAGCUUUGGAGAAUAAUGAAGAAUUUGGAAAGUAUAGAUAUUAUAAUAGACUCAAAGAUUAUAAUGGGGAGCCAUUAGUGCUUGAGUCAGAGGAGUAUGCAUUUGGGACUUGUGAUCGAUACAAAACAUCAGGUUUUGAACAUGUUGCCUAUAAGUUGAAGCUUAAUGAAGGGUCCUUGCAAAGAGCAAAAAAUUCAUUGCAUGGAAAACCUAUAAAUAUCGUUAUGUUGGUAAUAGAUUCUCUAUCACGGAGAAUGUUCUUUAGAAAGCUCCCAAAAUCAGUUGAGUAUUUAAAUUCCAUAGCAAAAAAUGUAUCUAUUUUCGAUUUUAAACUCCACCAUGUGAUAGGCCAAAAUUCUCAAUACAGCUUUAUGCCCACAUUUUAUGGAGAUAUAGCAAUUGUGAUAUCUAGUCACAUGUCUUAUGGGGAUUUAUAUUAUGAUAUUUCUAUAUGGAAAUAUUUGCAUGAGAGAGGCUUUGUUACAAUGAUGGGAAUGGAUAAUUGCGAUGAUAAUUUACCACAAUUUAUAGGAAGAAAACCUAGAGUUGACCACAAAAUGGGUUCGUUAUGGUGUGCAGCUAGCUCUCAAUAUGGGUAUAGUGAAACUUUAAAGAAAGAACGAUGCAUUGGGAAUAAAAAUGCCCAUGCGUGAAUGAUGGACUAUAUUCUAGACUUUUCAGAAACCUAUAAAAAUGUAUCAAGAUACACUUAUAUGCAUAUAGAUACAGCACAUGAAGCAACAGGAACUGUAGUCUCUACAAUAGAUUUAGAUUUAAAAGAUUUCCUUGAGGAAUUUUUUAACAGAGAUGAAGAUUCUAUACUAUUUCUGAUGGGAGACCACGGGAUGAGAUAUGGGGAAUGAUUUAAGACAAUAGAUGGCUCCCAUGAACACAAAUUGCCACUUUUAUUAAUAUUAACGAAAGACAGAGUAUUAGAAAAGAUUUCAAAUAGCUCAAAAUUUUUGUUACAAAAUACAAACAGGCUAUUAAGUAAAUUUGAUUUUCAUACAGUUCUGCAGCAUCUUGGAAACUAUCCUGAUCUAGAAUCUCAUAAAGACGAAAUAAGAAAAAAAACUUCAAGUAAAUUAACAACUUACAAUUGGUUCACAGAUUAUAUCCCAGAGAACAGAACUUGUGAAGAUGCUGGGAUACCUGUUUAUUGGUGUGGCUGUCAGCCCUUCAUCGAAAUUACUGAAAACCAAAACUCAGAAGAAUUUACUUAUUUAACGAAUAAUAUUAUAGAAGUUUUCAACACAGAAAAUAACAUUUACGACCAUUCAAAGAAAACAAUCUGCCAGAAGCUUCAUUUAAAUAAUAAUACAUACAUAGGAAAACUAGUAGAUGGCGACUUAGACUACUAUAAAAUUAAAUUUACAGUCCAAGAAAAAGAAUCAGCACUGUUAGAAGUCAUUGUCAGGCUCUCUAGAUGGAGAAUAGAAAAAGAGGAAUCAGAAUAUUUUGAGGUGAAAAAUAUUGGUUUUAGAGGAAUGAGGUAUUACAAUAUAAUGAACAUUAAUAGGCUGGACUCGUAUGAAAGUGUUUGUAAAAACGAAAUUAUCAAAAAUAAGUUUGAUCCUACUUAUUGCAUUUGUGACGAGGAUGAUUUUAAUAGAAAAUCAAAUAGCACAGAUAAUGACAAUAACCCAGGAGCACUAAACCAUAAUAACUAA